AUGCAGACAUCAGAGUCUGGGUCAGACACAGGUUCGACUGUGACUUUACAAGCAUCUGUGGCUGGCCAGGCAGCAGUGCCCACACAGGUUGUACAGCAGGUACCGGUUCAGCAACAGGUACAGCAAGUACAGACUGUGCAACAGGUACAACAUGUCUACCCAGCCCAGGUUCAGUAUGUGGAGGGAAGUGACACAGUCUACACAAAUGGAACAAUUCGAACAACUUAUCCUUACACGGAAACCCAGAUGUAUAGCCAAAACACUGGGGGAAAUUACUUCGAAGGAAGUUCUGCACAGGCAACUACGGUGGUCUCCUCUCAUAGUAUGGUGGGCACCGGAGGGAUUCAGAUGGGUGUUGCAGGAGGACAGCUCAUUAGCAACUCAGGAGGGACCUAUCUGAUUGGCAAUUCAAUGGAAAAUUCUGGUCAUUCAGUGACUCAUACAACACGGGCCUCCCCAGCUACAAUUGAGAUGGCGAUUGAGACACUUCAAAAAUCUGAUGGUCUUUCUACUCACAGAAGCUCUCUUCUCAACAGCCAUCUCCAAUGGCUUUUAGACAACUAUGAAACUGCAGAAGGAGUGAGUCUCCCCAGAAGUACCCUUUACAACCAUUACUUACGUCAUUGUCAGGAGCACAAGUUAGAUCCAGUCAAUGCUGCCUCCUUUGGAAAACUCAUACGGUCAAUCUUCAUGGGAUUACGGACCAGAAGACUGGGAACCAGGGGGAACUCUAAAUACCAUUAUUAUGGGAUUCGUGUCAAACCAGAUUCUCCCCUUAAUCGGUUACAAGAGGACAUGCAAUAUAUGGCUAUGAGACAGCAACCCAUGCAGCAGAAACAGAGGUACAAGCCUCUGCAGAAAGUGGAUGGAGUUCCAGAUAGUUUCACAGGAAGUGGUCAACAGACAGGCACAUCUGCUGAACAAACUAUAAUUGCCCAAAGUCAACAUCAUCAACAGUUUUUAGAUGCAUCUCGAGUACUUCCAGAGUUUGGAGAAGUUGAAAUAUCUUCUCUGCCAGAUGGUACUACCCUUGAGGACAUAAAAUCACUGCAAAGUCUUUAUCGAGAACACUGUGAGGCAAUAGUGGAUGUUAUUGUGAAUCUUCAGUUUAGCCUGAUAGAAAAAUUGUGGCAAACUUUCUGGCGCUAUUCUCCCUCUGCUCCAGCUGACGAUGCGGCUAUUAUUGAACUGAGCAAUCUGAGUGAAAUAGAAAGUCGACUUCCAAAAGGAAAACUUAUUACUCUGUGCAAAAAUGAGUCUAUUCUGAAAUGGAUGGGUAACUGUGACCAUGUGAUGUACCAGGCUUUGGUGGAGAUUCUCAUUCCUGAUGUCCUUAGACCUAUUCCUAGUGCCUUGACUCAGGCCAUUCGCAAUUUUGCAAAAAGCCUUGAAGGCUGGCUUUCCAGUGCCAUGAACAAUAUUCCACAGAGAAUGAUACAAAGCAAGGUUGCCACUGUAAGUGCCUUUGCCCAGACUUUGAGAAGAUACACAUCUCUCAAUCACCUGGCUCAGGCAGCUCGGGCUGUGCUUCAGAACACUUCUCAGAUCAACCAGAUGCUCAGUGAUCUCAACCGUGUGGAUUUUGCCAAUGUACAGGAACAGGCUUCCUGGGUGUGUCAGUGUGAUGACAAUAUGGUUCAAAAACUAGAAACAGAUUUCAAGAUGACUCUUCAGCAGCAGAGCACUCUAGAGCAGUGGGCGGCCUGGCUUGAUAAUGUAAUGGUGCAAGCAUUGAAACCAUAUGAAGGAAGACCCAGCUUUCCUAAAGCAGCACGGCAAUUUCUUUUAAAAUGGUCUUUCUACAGCUCAAUGGUGAUUCGAGAUUUAACCUUACGCAGUGCUGCUAGCUUUGGCUCUUUUCAUCUGAUCCGCUUGCUUUAUGAUGAGUACAUGUUUUACUUAGUCGAACAUCGUGUUGCUCAGGCAACAGGAGAAACACCUAUCGCAGUUAUGGGAGAGUUUGGUGAUUUAAAUGCUCUAUCCCCUGGAAAUAUGGAUAAAGAUGAAGGCAGUGAAGUUGAAAGUGAAGUAGAAGAAGAGAUGGAUGAAAAUGGAGGGCCACAAGCCAAGAGGGAGAAAACAGACUUAAAUCAAGCAUUUCAGGUGGGCUGCUUGCAGCAGCCAGUGCUUGAGAGUGGAAUAGAGCAGAGCCUCCUGAACCCAAUUCAUAAUGAGCACAUUGUUACAAAUACUCAGACUAUCAGACAAUGCAGUGCUACUGGAAAUACAUAUACUGCAGUCUAA